AUGACAUGGGAAAUGAUUUCUCCUCAAAUCCAUUUCGUGAACCAAACGGGGCCUUAUAGUAGUGUAGGUCUGGCACCUGAUGGAUCGCAUGAAAACAAGAGCAAGGUGAAGCAGAGCCUAACCUUGGCCUAUAAGCACAACCGUUUAUAUAAUUUGAAAGCUCAACUUCAAGGGGAGCAACUUCAAGAAACCAACUCCAGCCAUUUUCAAGAUGGAUCAGAAGACAAGAACUUUGCGAAAUGGCCCACUACUUGGUGGCAGCAAUUCUCUGUGUUGCUUAGGAGAGGACUGAAAGAGAGGAGGCACGAGUCCUUCUCUGGUAGCCAGAUUUACCAGGUUGUGGCUGUGGCUCUUCUUGCUGGGCUACUAUGGUGGCAGUCAAAUAUUUCCCACUUACUAGUGUUCAGAGGGUAUGAUUUGUUUCCCUUUUCUGGGUUUGGCACAAUAGUUGAAGAUAUAGGCUAUUGGGUUUAUGCUAAGCAUGACAUAAAGUAUCACUUGAUGGAAUGCCUAAGUUCAACUGGGCUUCUCUUCUUUAUGUUUGAAUUUUGGGGGUUUUUCCCUCUACUCCAAGCAAUUUUCACCUUCCCCCAAGAGCGCAAGAUGCUUGAAAAGGAAAGAUCUUCAGGGCUCAAACCCACAGCAGGACACUUUUUCCACACCUUGCUUGUUCUGCUACUCAGUGUGUUAGUGGCUCAAGGCAUGGGGCUUGCUCUUGGGGCUCUGGUAAUGGACCAAAAAAAGGCCGCAGUACUUGCAUCAGUCCUCAUGGUAUCAUUUCAGCUAGCUGGAGGUUUCUUUGUUCAACAUGUUCCUGCUUUCAUUGCUUGGAUCAAAUACAUUUCCAUCAUUAACUACUCAUACAAGCUCUUGAUGGGGUCUCAAUACAAUGAAAAUGACACUUACCUAUGUGAUAGUGGGGUUUGCUUGGUUAGAGAUUUCCUAAGUAUAAAACAUGUUGGGCUUAGUGGACAAAUUGGUGCAGCGGUUGCUUUGGCCAUAAUGCUUGUGGGGUUGUAG